AUGAAAUUAGAUACAGUAUUUAAAAUAUUACUUCUUGUAGUUAUUGUUUUUACAAUAAUCCAAAUAAGAACCUUAAGUGAAUUAAAGAAUAUUUUANNNAGAGAUACAGAUAUGAUAAUCUUGAUAAAAAACAUAUUGAACAAUAUAUAUACAAAUUGUAAUUAUAUUCACAUAAAAAAUAAAUGGUUAUCUUUUUAUAGAACAAAAUAUUUAAUUCCUCAAGUGUCUUAUUUCAUUUUUUUUCUUAUAAGUGGAUGUAUCACAUUUGUAGUUAAAUAUAUUUUAUAUAAAAUAUCUAACCCCCUAGGAGAAAAACUCAUACCUUCCAAGUACAAAAAAUGGAGCCACAGGAUAAGGAGAAUAAAAGUCCAACGAUUUAAUCUGAUGUUUUUUAAUUUAUUUUAUUUUUCUCUUAUGAGUAUUUUUGGAUUUAUUGUUUUGAGACAUGAGACUUAUUUCCCUACAGAGUUGGGAGGGCAAGGAAAAUUAAGUGAUUAUUUUGUAG